AACAGAAUAAGGAGAUGAGCUCUAUUUUAAGGGUGAUGCGGUUUGUGGUCAUUUUGGUUCCUCUUGUUAUUAUGGAGCUCGCACUCUAACACUAUAGCACUCAAAUUACAUUCUUUGCACACCAUUUUCAACUUUAUGUAAUCGUUAGCAACGAAUAUAUUUAAAUUGAUCGUAACUUUUAUAUUUAUACAGGACUUCGAAAAGUAGUAGGAAAAGAUGGAGGAGAUACCUUCUAUACAGCAGAUGUAUUUGCUAUUAUUAAGCUAGGAGUAUUCACGGGACGGGUUAUGGUGCCAUAUAUGAUCAUCAAAUUCAUAUUGAAUCUCGAAUUUUUCUUAGUAAUGUUGAUCUACAUAUGCCAAAGAAGACAUGCAUCAAUUUAUGAAAACAUUGAGGAAUUUUUGCAAGGGAACGAACUCAUUCCAAUAAGAUAUUCAUAUAAAGAGAUGAAGAUGACAAGAGAUUUUAAGGAAAAGCUAGGAGAAGGAGGUUUCGGCUCAGUGUAUAAGGAAAAGUUAAGAAGUGGACCUUUUGUAGCCAUAAAAAUGUUGGGUAAAGCCAAAGGUAAUGGUCAAGAUUUCAUCAGUGAAGUUGCUACAAUUGGUAGAAUACAUCAUGUCAAUAUAGUAAGAUUGAUUGGAUUUUAUGUAGAGGGUUCAAAACGCGCCCUUGUAUACGAAUUUAUGUCGAAUGGUUCUCUAGAUAAAUUUAUCUUCUCCAAAGUAGAUAGUGCAUCAUUAACAUACCAAAAACUCUUUGAAAUAUCUCUUGGAGUGGCUCAUGGUAUAGCUUAUUUGCAUGAAGGUUGUGACAUGCAAAUUUUGCAUUUUGAUAUCAAGCCUCGUAACAUUCUUCUUGACGAGAACUUCAUUCCUAAGGUCUCAGACUUUGGUCUUGCAAAGCUUAAUCCUCUGGAUAACAGUAUUGUUUCUUUGAAAACAGCAAGAGGAACCCUUGGUUACAUGGCCCCAGAAUUGUUCUAUAAAAAUAUUGGUGCAAUAUCUUACAAGGCUGAUGUCUAUAGCUUUGGAAUGCUUUUGAUGGAAAUGGCAAGUCAAAGAAGAAACUCGAAUCCAAACGCAGAGCAUUCAAGCCAAUUUUACUUUCCAUUUUGGAUAUAUGAUCAAUUGGCUCAGAAAAGUGACGAGAUAAAGAUGGAAAUUUUGAUGCAUGAAGAAACAAGCGAAUUAGCAAAAAAGAUGUUUACAACUGCGCUGUGGUGUAUACAAUUGAAGCCAAGUGAUCGUCCUUCAAUGAAAAAAGUAGUGGAAAUGUUAGAAGGAGAAGCUGCAAAUAUUGAAAUGCCUCCAAAGCCUUCAUAUUAUCCAAAUGAUAUUAUCCACGGAGAUUCUGAGAUUAACUCAGGAGAAGCUACUUCAAAUAAUUCUUCUGGCUCUUCGGGUUUUGAGGAGGAAAUUGCAACUAACCCUCUGUUAAUGUUUUCUGGAUGAUGACUAGUGCAAUUUGCUUUUUAUGAUCUUGUUUCUUAUUAUGUUAAGCAAAAGGGCAAGUAUAACAAGCGUGAUA